CCUAAAGAUUGGUGCUAUGGAGUUUAAUCCAAGAGUUGUGGAACUAUUAACAUUCUAGGAACAAAUUAUAAUACAUGACAAAAAUAUAAAAUUCAUCAAGAAGCACGAAAUUGGAAUAAAAUUUAAAUUUUAAAGCUUCCAAUCAACCACACCAAAAUCACCAAUGUUGAAAUUAUGCGUUUUAUCACAUCAAUAUGGAUCACAAUGUGGACAAUCAGCAUUAUGAUAAAAGCACAAACUGAAGAGGAAUCUAAUCCAGCACACAUGCAGAGUAAUCUUCUUAGGGCAAUUCUUUGGGAAGAAAGGGAAUUCGAAGAAAUAGGAAAACGAGCUUAUCACACGCUUCCUCGACACAGAGGCCUGGCGGACUGCUGUCCGAUAGUGUCACAAAAAAUUAGUCCAAUAGGUGGCCUUUCUAGGGAGGGGAGAUUACUAAAGUUAUAUAGAGACCGACGGACAGUUCAGAGGUUUUACCAGACUUCUUGUGCUGCAGGGGUUUUGAACCGACCUUGUCGUUACGUUGACAGCACGUGGCGCUCAAAAUGCGUUCAAAGCUACACAUAUGUCUAUGCCAUAGUGAGGGAUUAUAACACGACACAGCCUUACCGAAUGGACUACAUAAGGCUAAAAUCCGGCUGCAUGUGCAAAAUAGAUGACCAACCAUCCAUUGUUGAUAUAACGGACUGACCACAAGGGUCAUCAAUGUGGAUCCAUGGUUUCCCCUUAAAGCUUACCUUGCGUGAAUGGAGCACUGACAUGUCCUAACUGUGAAUGUUCCCAAUCAAAUGAAGACGAAAGUUUCAAAGGUACUAUCCAAAUGGAAAGUCUUUACUUUGUUUCAGCAAUGAAUAAAAGAUAGCUCUUUAUUUAUGCCAAUGUUUGUAUAAGAGAUGUCUAUAAAGUUAUUCAUUUAUUUUUAUACACCCCCUUCCUUAAUAUAAACAUAUCUCUAUUUUACCAUUGCUUGUACAGGCUAAACGAUGUGUUAUAGAAACAUUUGUGAGCAUAUUGUCUAAAAUAACUCAAUGUGUCCUGUCUUUCAUUUCAGUGGAUAACUUACAAUGUCUGUUUACUAUCAUUGUUAUCACUUGUUGGAAGCAUAUAUUUGAACUUGUUUUAUUUUCAAAUUGCUCAGAAUUUUUCAUGGUUGAUUUUUCAAGAACUACUUACUAUGAGUUGUUCCUUGAAAUACGCCGACUGCCUACAAUUUUUAGCUUU